CUCUCUCUCUUAAUAUCAUCAGAUAGAUAUAUCUGCAAAAAAAAUAGUUGAAUUCCUUGCCAUCACAACCUUCCAAACAAACAAAAUUAAUCAAAACUGAGAUUUUUUACAACAAUUAUACUUCUUCUUCUUCUCUUUCUCUUUAGAAUCAAAACAAAACCCAACCCCUUAUAUAUAUUUAUUAUAUCUAUAUAUGUAUGUACAUGGCUUCCAUGUUAUUAUUAACAAUCAUCAUCAUCAUCAAUCAUCAUGAAAAUCAUCAUCAUCAUAAACCUCUUCUAUCAUAAAGCAGUCUCUAUUAUUCUUCUUCUUCCAGAACCUUCUUGUUUGAUCCAUGGAUUAUGAGAUGUUAUGUUAUUCAAUAUGACCAUGGUUCCUUCUCAAAACAACAACAACUAUGCUUUCUUCUACACUGCUAUGAACCAAGUUGAAGGAUAUAACAGUAAUUACACUAAUUGCUUAUUAGGAUCUGAUUUUCUUCUGAGGAAUCACAUGGCAGAGGAUCUGUCAAGAGCCACCACCAGCAACAACAACCACCAUGAAGCUGAAGAAGAAGAAGAAGCUGAACCAGGUUCAACUUCAAAGGGAGAAAGAGAACAAGAACAUGAACAUGGAGAAGAAGAAGAAGAAUCAGGAAUCAACAACAAUAAUAGCAGUAACUGGCUUCAAUUGAGCAUAGGUUUUCAUCAUCAUGAUCAUGAUGCAGCAACAACAACAAAACAAGACCAUCAUCACCAUCUUGAAGAAGAAGCAGCUUCAACAAUGGCUGCAGCUACAGCAGGUUCAUCAGCAGGAUCAUCAUCAUCAUCACUUGUAGAGCUAGAGUUAUUACCAGGUCGCCAUUUCAAUUGGGCUUCAUCAUCUUCUUAUUCUUCUUAUUCAAGGCCAGUGAUGUUUCCUUUUUCUUCUUCUUCUUCUUUCUUCUAUGAACAACAACAUCAAACAUCUAUGUCUUUGUCCAUGUCUAUGUCCAUGGCAUGUGGACCCAACAUGAGUGCUCCAACAACAACCUUUGCAACUCAUCAACAACAAGACAUGAUGCUAAUGAAUUGGGCAUCAUCGUUUUCUUCACAUCCUCUCAUGCCUCCUUUUCUUUCUUCUUCUUCUUCGUCUUUGUCGUCUUUAUCACAAUCUUGUUCUUCUUCUUCUUUGAGGCCUUCUUAUUUUCCAACCACUACUCCCUUUCAUCAUCACUUCCCUCCUCCUCCUCAUCAAUUUGAUGUGGCUGGACCAAGCAGCUCUCAAGAUUUCACUUCUUCUACAGUUAGAGUUGUUGAUCCUCCAAGAAGACCUCAUUCUGGAAUUUGGUUCAUGCUUCAAGCUCAACAAAACCAAGUUAGAGAACCAUUUUUACCUCAAAUAGCUAAGAGCUACCUUAGAAUCAAAGAUGGAAGGAUGACAGUUCGGUUGCUAAUGAAAUAUCUAGUUAGCAAACUCAGGCUCCAAAUGGAAUCAGAGAUAGAGAUAACAUGCAGAGGACAGAAACUUUUACCAUUCUUAACGUUGCAGCAUGUGAGGGAUAACAUUUGGACUCAGAGGGACACUACCAACACAACAACAACAACAACAUCAACACCUUUGCUUUCAGAUUCAUCAACCACAGAUCAUGUCAUGGUUCUCCAUUACAGUAGAACCAAUGCUUAAUCACAACUCAUCACUUUAAUUUUAUUGUAUCCUUGUUAUUAACUUAUCUAAACCAUUUCUUUUCUUUUUUUACUUGUUCUUUUAAUUUUUACUUUUCCAAUUUUUCUAUUCUAAUGGGUUUUGAUUAUUUUUUUUUUUUGCUUCCUUUUUAAAAAAAAAAUUCCCCCCUUAUUGAUGACAUGAAUUAGGGUUUUGGGGUGGCAAGUACUAUUAUUGUUGCCCAUAAAAUUUUUAUUCUCAUAUAUAUAUUAUGAGGUGGGUGGGGAAUUAUUACCAUCAUCAUCAACUGUAUUAUCAACAAC